GCUCUUUCUUGAGGAUGAUCCAAGAGCAGCCUAUCUCUGUGGCAAGAUACUCAUAUCCUUCAAUAUGCCGGAAUCAUCACUUGCCUCCUUUGAGUACCUGGAGAAGCUCCCGGGCGUGACUUUCAGACGGCUCUAUGAGCAACCGUCUACAGCUCUGGCCGUGUUCCGGCGAAUGCUCCCACACCUGGCUAAGUGUUUCGUGAUGGGAAUGCUAUAUAUGCCCAAACCUUUACUAUUGUCUGAGCUGGACAACUGGGUGCGACCAGGCAACAAGAGUGAAAAGGGCAAAGCUCUAGCAAUUCUAUCCCGCCUCCAUAUCGUGACAUCUACCGCCGCGAGCAGAGAUGGGCCUCCCGCGCUCAACCUAACCCACAACUUCGCGACCUCUCUCCGACUCGCUUUAACUGGUGGCGGGGACCAUGGUUCCUUCGGCAUCCCAUCAGACAGCACCCAAGACUCCAACAUAACUGUCUCUUUCCUCGAUGAGUAUGCCACGGCCCAAUGGGAAGGCAUUCUCCACUACGUCGUGAACAGCACCGGUGACCCGUCACUCCUCGGUGCCCAAUACCCCUCCGCCAAUGUUCGGCAACUCCUCCAGAUGGGAGCCCUCGUCGAUUCCAAAGGCAAAUACAGCGGUGUCGGUAUUACCCAGGCCGGCUUCAGUUUCCUCCUGCAAGAGGCCAACGCGCAGGUCUGGACCGUGCUUCUCCUCUGGCUCGAACAUGCCGAGGAACUGGCUAUGGACCACGUCGAUCUACUCUCGUUCUUCUUCCUGCUCGGUUCUCUCGAGCUAGGCCUCGCAUAUUCCACGACUACCCUUUCAACCACCCAACAAUCCAUGCUUCCCAUCCUCGCAGACUUUGGACUUGUCUAUUCUCCCCCUUCAUCAUCAUCAUUCUUCCCCACCCGGCUUGCCACAACCCUCACAUCCUCCGCCUCGGCACUCCGCUCCAUCGCCUCCGGAUUCUCCGCAGCUGCAGCCUCCCCCGCCUCCUCCGGUGGUACAACUGGAUUCAUAGUAAUCGAAACCAACUACCGUCUCUACGCCUACACCUCCUCCCCUCUCCAGAUCGCCGUUCUUGCCCUCUUCGCCAAACUCUCCACCCGAUACCCCAACAUGGUAUCGGGUCGCGUGACGCGUGACUCUGUCCGCGGCGCGAUCGAGCAUGGCAUCACGGCCGACCAGAUUAUCUCGUACCUGACGACGCAUGCGCACCCACAGCUGCGGCGCAAGACGCCCGUGCUCCCUCCGACGGUCGUUGAUCAGAUCCGCCUCUGGCAGAUUGAGAACGAGCGCAUGAAGGCGACGGCAGGCUUCCUGUUCAAGGACUUUGCGUCACUGGCAGAGUAUGAAGGCUGCGUCAGGUAUGCAGAUGAGAUUGGUGUGUUGGUGUGGAGGAGUGAUGCGAAGAGGAGUUUCUUCGUCACGAAGCAUGAGCAGCUGAGGGACUAUAUCAAGAGUCGAAAGAUUAAAUAAUGGGUCUGAGAAGGCGGGGUGUACUGUCAUGCAUAUUUGGUUUCGCAUAGCGUGGCGUUUGGGUUUGGGAUAAGGUAAAAGGUCGGUAGCUUCAUAGCAAAAUAAUCUACAUCGGUCA